GAUUCACACCCAAAGAUGAACUACAGAGACCACUACACUUCUUCCUCCUACCGGAAGAUUUUCGGGGAUUCUUCCAGGUUCUCCGCCGCCUCCUCCUCUUCCUCCGGCCGUAUGAGCAGAUCCAUACCUCGGGUCUCCCCGGGCCUCAGGUCCAUGGCCGUGUCCCGAAACAGCACAUCUUCCGUGGGCAUUUACAGACGGCUCGGCCAACCUCCAGGCUCCUUCUCUCUUGUGGCCACGGACUCCCUCGACUUGAGCCAAACUUCGGUGGUCAACAAUGAACUGAAGGUCAUCAGAACCAAUGAGAAAGAGCAGCUGCAGGGUCUGAACGAUCGCUUCGCCAUGUUCAUCGAUAAAGUCAGACACUUGGAGCAGCAGAAUAAAGUUCUGGAGGCCGAGCUGGUGACCCUGCGGCAGAGGCAGAGUGAGCCGUCGCGGGCCGCUCACCUCUACCAGCAGGAGCUGAGGGACUUGCGGUCCCAGUUGGAGGACCUGAACCGGGACAAGAACCGGAUCCUGAUCGAGAGGAAUAACAUGGAAGACGAGCUGCAGAAACUCAAUGUAAAGUAUGAGCAGGAGCUGAGUGUGCGUGAAGAGACGGAGCAAACCUUGAAGUCCUUCCGGAAGGAUGUGGAUGAUGCGGCAGCCAUCCGUCUGGAUCUGGAGCGCCGAGUGGAAUCGCUGAUGGAUGAAAUCUCCUUUCUGAACAAAGUCCACGAUGAAGAAAUCCAGGAGCUGAGCAGCUUGAUGGAGGCGCAGCAGGUCUCUGUGGAACUUGAACUCGCCAACCCUGACCUCACCUCGGCGCUGAAAGAGAUCCGCAACCAGUACGAGUCCAUUGCCUCCAAAAACCUGCAGUCGGCAGAGGAGUGGUACAAGAGCAAGUUCGCCACCCUGAGCGAACAGGCCACCAGGAGCAACGAGGCCAUGCGCGCCAGCAGGGAGGAGAUGAACGAGUUCAGGAGGCAGCUGCAGGCCAAGACCCUGGAGAUCGAGACUCUGAGGGGGGCCAAUGAGUCUCUCGAGAGGCAGACCACAGAGAUGGAGGACGCUCACAAUGGUGAAGUCACAGCAUUGCAGGAGACGAUUGGCCAACUGGACACUGAGCUGAGGAACCUCAAGGGCGAGAUGGCCCAGCACCUGAGAGAAUAUCAGGACCUCCUCAAUGUUAAGAUGGCCCUGGACAUUGAGAUAGCAGCUUACAGGAAGCUGCUGGAAGGCGAGGAAACUCACUUUAACUCAGGGGUGUCAUUCGGAGCCGCCAGUUACAGCUACCAGACCAGACCCCCAGCCGGCUCCUCCAGAAGCAACCAGCGAGAUAAAGAUGGAGCCAAGAAGGAAAGCCUCAAGGAGGAGGAGAAGGACGAAGCCGACAUCAAUUCCAAUAAUUAAAGAUACAGAUGGAGGCAGGGAGGGAGACACAUAAUACGGUACAUAGAUAGA